AUGGCUGAGCUGAUAAGAUUUGCACUAGUUGCUCUCUUAUGUGUGCAAAAAUGCCCUGAAGACAGGCCAAUCAUGUCCUCUGUUCUCUUGAUGUUGAUUACUGAGACCGCAACACUGCCCCAACCCAAGAAACCUGGCUUUUAUGCAGAGUGGAAGCCCAAUGUAUCAGACAAUUUGGCUAACAAAAGCGCUUGUAGCACCAACGAAGUGAGUAUGACACUACUGGAGCCUCGGUGA